AUAAAAUUAAUAAAGGUAAACAUGGGGAUAUGUGUAAGCAAGUUGGUCCAACUAAUUUUUGGCUAUCCUUACCACGACCCAGUUUUCGACAAAGUUUUCGACAACGAAUUGUUGUUGCAAAACGUAUUUUCAUUCUGUAAUCUGAGCACGAUAAAAACGGUCCGUCGCGUCAACCAGAAGUGUCGCAGGGCCGCAGAGAAAAGAUUUGCGGAAAUUAGUCAGGUGGCCAUCAGCCUAGAGCCCAGUUCGGAAAGUCCGCAUGUGCAGUUAGGGAUGGAAAAAAUGCUGUACAAGCUGGAAUCGGCGGAUCAUAUCAAAAUCUUGAUGCACGAUUGGCUCGGAUCGUUCAGAAAUUUUAAAUUGGAAGCAUACAUCUCCGCGGCUGAAUUGAUCCCAGGAUGGAGCUGGACCUCUGUCACGCCAGAAGAUAUGGAACAAGCGUAUAACUGUUUGGAGCAAAUUUUGCGGAAUCUGUGGCGCACUAAUGGAUCACUAACUUAUUCCUUGACGAUGCUCAUGACUAUGGAUAAUGCCAACCUUCCAAGGGAUUUGUUAACUUCAAUUAUUGAAGCAUGUAAUUCAUUCCCACAUGUCGAAAUUGAACCAAAACAUUACGUAAUGCGAAAUACAAUCAAUCUCCCUAAGCUGCGGUGUACCACGUUACGACUUAGCCUGGAAAGUUUUGCAAAGGCUUUAUCAAAUUUUGAAAAUGUGAAAAAGCUCAUUAUUGAGGACGCAACAUACAUCAAGCUGAAUAAAGUUGUUCAAGCCAUUAUUGAAAACGGGGAAGAAUUCAGAAAUCUGGAAGAAAUUGAUGUAACCGUUAAGAUUAAUUUUGACGAAGUACACGCCAUUUCUGAACUGUCUCGAUUGAAACGAUUAACAAUUCGAAUGAUAACAGAUUUUGGAAGUGAGACAUUUAAUAUGUGCCAAAGUACAAUAUCCGCUUUGGAAGAAGCCCUUGCAAAACAUGCCCCAACCCUGGAGUUUCUUCAUUUGAAACUGAUGAGAGCGAAAGUUAUGUCGGGGUUGCGCAAAUUUGACUCAAAUUUAAAGUUCCCAAAAUUACGGGAACUUUACUACGACACAAGCUUGACCUUUGUUGGGAUUGGAGCUCAUGACGUUGACAUUUUUGAACUGAAUGGAGCAAUCGAGAGUGGGAAUUUAUGCACAAGGUUUCCUGCCCUGAAAAAGGUUGAAUUUAGUUGUCGACACGUCUUAUCCAAUCUUGAGGGCAUGCACGAUUUCAGAGCCUCGAUUAAAACAUGGUAUAAUGAGGCGUGAAAGAGGCUGUCAUCAAUUCGAGAAAGAUUUUACUGACAAAGAAAUCAAAGGGAUACUUUAUCAUAACAUUGGAUACUUUAACAUAAAUAUACCUAGAAUAUGUACAUAAAGUGUUACUGGUAUAAACUCGUAGGACGCAUUAACUUUGUAAAAUUUAAAUUGCAUUUUUAUGAAUAAAAUAAUGUGUCACACUUAGAAAUUUGACUUCCAUGUACCGAUAAGCUUUUGAAAACGCCAACACCAAGUACCCACACUGUUAAAAAUUUGGUAGAGU